UACAAUGAGAUUGGUGCUAUACAAACAAGACUAUAGGUAUAUUGAAAGAUAAUUCAAGUAAAGUAAAAUCGAUCUAAUGGGACAGGUAAGAAACAGUCGUCUUUUGAAGGGAGUACAGAUUGAAAGGGGGAUAGAAUGAACUUGUUGGCAUGCUGGAAGUGUCCUAUGUCUUCAUCUACACAGUGGAGGGUGAUAGAGGAGUACACGUAUGUACAAAUUCAUCAAGCUGUUUCUUAAGUUUUGUGCAUUCUACAUUUACAAGUGUAUAAUUUGUAUUUGUAUGUGUAUAAGUAAUACUUUGAUAAAAACUAUUCACUUUGACCUAGAGCUGGGUUUUCUGUCAAUAUCAAUUUUAUUUUUUAGGAAAGUGUUUAAUAUGACAUUUCAACUGCUGGCACCUUGAAAGUUGCAGUCUUUCCUUUGUAGGUGGCUUCCAUCUUACUGCCAGCCUGGAGCUAGCUGACAGGCAUAUUUAUGAGGGUCAUGCUCCAUCAUGGUUGACAGCUGGAGAUGCCAUCACAUGCCACUGGCAGCACAGCUCAGGAAAAUGCAGGCAAUGGACUGUGCUUCCUGUGUUUGGUCUGUGAGGCAUAAGCCCUAGCAAUGGGAAGAUUAAAAAGCCUCUUGAUUUAAAAAGACAAGGGGGAGGGGAGUGUGGGCUGCACAGUUUAUAAAUAGACAGUGCCCAAGGCUGCCUAAUGAUGAAGCUGUUGUUUAGUAAAUCCUUCUCCAAGGAUGCCAUUGACAGAGACUAUUUAAAAGUGUCAGUUUCAUUUUGUCUUUUGGGAGCAUUCUGGGCUUAAUCAAAUCAGGCUUGUUGGUUGAUAUUUCUGUCAGGUUUAGGGACAGGCUGUCAGUAUUUUGAAUUACCUUUACAUGGAGCACAAAGAUGAUGAUGAUGAUGAUGUAUCUUUUGCCAAAUGGAUGAGCAGCUUCUGGGGCCACAGCUGGCGAGAGGAGGAUGAGAGAGGACUUCGGGGACGACACCGACCACAAGAUGCCAAUUACAGGAAAACCUCUCUGCCCUGCUCAUUUCCUGUGCUUUCCAGAUCUACAUUACCUGAUUGCCAACCCAGAAGGCAUUCUCAGGACCAACAGUUCCAACGCCAAACUCACAUGCUGUACUACAGAAAAUGCUCAGUGAAUGGGUCAUUCAAGGAGCCAGUGGAACCAAAAGGACAAUAUCACCAUAAAAUUCAGGAAUUUUCAGAGUCCUUUGAACAGCAACUGUGCAUUAAAACCAAAAGUUCUGACUCUUUGGGACCUAAAAGCAAAAAGGACAAAAAUGAGAGAGAAUGCCUGAGUAUGGAGAUAAGAUCAAACAAGAAAUUGAGGGAAGGAAGGAGCUCUAUGAAUGAAAACCACUGAGAAACAUACAUUGCUCCUGUGGCUAAGAAAAGGACCUGAAUUGUACUUUGUUUCUAUAUAAUGAUGACACAUUUGACUUAUUCAUUUGCAUUCCAGUUCAUCAUUUCAGGAUGUCAGGGUGACAGCUGUAUAAGGGCAUUUACAGAUACUGACUGACUCAAGUGGGAGGUAGGAAUGAUUGCUUUUUGAGACAAUUUGUGUGAUAGUCCAGCUACUUUUGGCAUCUUGUUUGAGAGUGUAAUCUGCUUUAUGACCUUUUUAUGGGGAUAAGAAGAAUAAAAAGCAUUUUUAUAAAAUAAAGUAAUUUCUGAAAAUGUAGAAUGAUUCUUUUUAAAGAGCUACCUUCAUGUCUUUACCAACUCUUCUUCCAUAUGAACUUUACAAAUCUUAAAUAAAAGUCUUUGGUGUGACUUUUUGUUACUUCCUUAUUAGAAACAACUAUGUAAGUAUGUCUAAUGGCCAUCCUUUAGUGGGAACUGGUAAUUCACAAGCCAAAUAGUAGACUGAAUGCUUUAAGCAUUACCUAAGGAAAUUCUUAUUACUUGGAUGUGGGAUUCUGUGUUACUCAGGGUUCUCCAGAGAGACAGAAGCAAGGUACGUAGGAGAGAGAGAGAGAGAGAGAGAGAGAGAGAGAGAGAGAGAGAGAGAGAGAGAGAGAGAGAGAAAAGAGAGAGAGAAGAGAGAGAGAAUUAGGUUUUCUUUUCUUUUGCUUUUUGUUCUACCUGGGCUUCAGUCAGUUGAAUGGUAAUCACUCACAUUGAUUGACUGGGACAGAUCUUCUCUACUUAACCCAGUGACUCAAAUGUCAAUCUUUUCCUGAAACAUCUGCAUAAGUAUACUCAGUAAUAUUGCGUUACCUGUUAUUCAGUGUUAUUCAGUAUUGCUUUACCUGUUAUUCAGUGUUGUAUCUAGAUGUCCACCCAAAGCCUCAUGAACUUGUAGGUAAGGCUUUUUGGAGGUGGCUAGAUGUAGAGUAUGUAUGUUGAUUAAGGGUGUGUAAAUAUGAAUUAAGGAUAUGAUGAUUAAGUUAGUCCACUGAAUAUUUUACCACAGUUCUUGGUGUUGAUAAUUGGAAGGUUUACCCUGAGUGUGGGUGGCACCAUCCAAUAAGCUUGUAGUCUGAAUGUGGUACAAGAGAAGAGAAUGUUUGAUGUUCUAUGAUGGCAGUACUGUGAACUAGUUCUCCUCUGUCAUGUCCCUUUGUCAUGUUGCCCUACCUUUGAGCCAGGUGACUAUGGACUGAAACCUCUACAAACUCUGGACUAAAAUAAACUUUUCCUCCUUUAA